AUGGAUCCCCCGCUGCUGCUGCAUCUGCGCGAGUUCCAGGCGCUGGUGGAUCGCGCGGGCGGCCGGGCGCGGCUGCUGCUGGUGGGCGAGGCGCGCGAGGGGGACCCGGCGCCGCCGCGGCUGCUGCUGGAGACCUUCGCCCGGGACCUCUUCGCCGAGCCGGAGCCGCGCAAGGAGGAGGUGGCGGCGGCGGCGGCGAGGGCGCAGCAUCCGGAUCCUCCCGGAGGGGCGCGCAGGGUCCGCGUGCGCGUCGGCGGCAGAGGCUCGGCGGCGGCGGCGGCGGCGCGCUCGGUCCCGCCGUGCGCGCUGCUCUUCGUGCUCUUCCGCGAGGCGUCGCUCGCGCCUCCGCUGCCGCCGCCGCGCGCGCGCCGGGAGCGGCUCCGCCUGCGCGAGAUCCUCCGCGACGUGCGCAGCCAGCUGCCCUCGGCGGCGCUCCCGGGCGUGGUGGGCGUGGUGGUGCUGGGGAGCGGGCGGCCCGGAGAAGGCGAAGGCGCCCGGCUGCAGCUCGACGCGCUGCUCCGGCAAGUCUUCCGGCGGAGGCGCCCGGCGGAGCUCGACACCCUGCAAGCCGCCCCCUACAGCCCCGGCGCCGGACAGGGGGCCGCCGAAGCCCGCGCCGCCGCCUGCCGGGCGCUGAGAGCCGCCCUGAAGCUCCGAGCAGACGGGGCGGAAGCCGAGAAGCAGAGGAUCCCAGCCUUCCUGCAGUGCAUCCCCUGGGCCCGAAGGAGUCGGCGGAAGGAAGGGAAUUCGGACGCAGCACCCAGCAACUUCAGCGAAGAUGCCUUGCAAGACCCAGAGGAAGGUGUAUCUUUGACCAGCCUGGAGCCCAACGGGAACUGUGAAGAGGCCUGUGGAAUCACAGCCACUUAAGAAGUCCGGGAGGAACCUUCUCUUUUGCUGCUAUAUCGGACUGAAGGAACUGUCCUUUAUUUGCCUUGUAGGAAAAGCAUGAAGGGCACAUUUUUGGGGGGGGGGAAGCAUCUGUUGGCUCUUUUAAAGGAGCUACUUUGCCUUUGUGCGACCCCAAGAAACUUCGUAGCAGAAGUCCAGAAGCAGCUUUGCUUAGUGUCAGCCAAGUGAAGAUGGGUGACCUCCUCAGCCUCAAGAAUUUCAUAGGAACUACAUCAAAUCCUUGAGCUUCCCACUCAAAAGGCUGUGUCCUUUUUCAUGGAAAGUGGCGGGCAUUGUCCUCUAGUCAGUGAGCAUAUUACCGACUGUGGCUUCUCAUUUUUGGGGUAAUUGUUUUAAUUGCCUUAUUUAGGCAAUAACUACCUUCAAAUGUGAAAUGUAUGGUGAGGAAGUAUUUAUGGCCUGAGAAUUUAUUAUGCUUGG